GGGUUAAAAUCUAACACACUGCUAAAAAUAGGAGUUUUUGAAAUUUAUCAUAUUUUCCCGUGUAAUAAUUAUCAUACCGGCAAAUAUAUUCAAUUCAUGCAAAAAAUAUUAGAAUAAUGCAUUUCUGCAUUCGCUCUAUACCCCUGUUUGUUUCUAGGAGGGUCUCAACUGUUACUCUAAGAAAAUGUUCAACUAUGCCUGCGGAGAAAAGAGUCAAUGAAAAUUCAUUUGAUAAGCAUGUAAAUGAACUGCAGAGUCUCACUACUGUUUUCGCCAAAAACAGAACCAAACUACCCAAAAGGGAACCAUUUGUUAAGAAUUUAUUCUUAGGUAAAGUAGAUACAGAAAUUCUCACCUAUCCAGAGCUUAGUAAACAAGAUAUUGACGAAUUAGAAACCGCAACUAAUAUUUUACAGAAAAUUAUGAAUCAGCAAGGUGAACCAGAGGAUAUCAAAGAAGCAUUGCAUAGGAUGAAAAUGCAAAAAUGUUUAGGAUUACAAUGUUCCUUAGAAAUUGGUGGUAGAGAAUUCAAUCAAAGUGAACACUGUCGAUUCAAUGAAAUAUUACUUAAUAAUCGUUUCAAAUACAGUUUGUUGAAUAAUGAACUCUGUAUAAAUAUUUUAUCUCAGUUUGGUACUGAUGAACAAAAAUCUAAGUAUCUAGGAAAAUUACUGAAUGGAGAAAUUUUGUCAUCUAUAAGUAUAGCAAAUAAUUCUGAUGAUCCUAAUAAGCUAAGGGCCUAUAUAAAUGAAGAUUUGGAUUCAUAUAUACUGAAAGGAAUGAAGAGGUGUAUUCACAAUGGUGCUAAUGCAGAUUUGUUUAUUAUUUUUGCACGAAAUGGAGAUGUGGUGAAAAAUUCUUUACAAGAAGGUGACUUUACAGCAUAUAUAGUUGAUAAGUUUACACCAGGAAUUACUAUUGAAGAAAUUGAUGUUAAUGACCCAAGCUUAGAAGGAAUAUGUAAUAUAGUUUUCAAUGAUGUUGUGGUAACUAAAGAGAAUAUAAUAGGUCUAAGUGAGAUGGGUAAAGAUGUAUUAACAAAGGCGUUACCUGAUUUCCAUCUGAAUAUGAGUGUAUUGAAUCUUAAUAUUAUGAAAAAAUUGGCAAGUUCCCUUUCUGCGGAUUUGCUAAUGAAUGCAGUUCCAGGUGAAGAAAUAUAUCGAACAGAAGCAAUAACAUCAAUAAUGAGUGAAAUUUUAUCAUAUGUUUAUAUGGUAGAAAGUAUGGUUUACCUGACAUCAGGACUUAUGAGCACUUAUGAGAAUCAAGACUGUGAUAUUGAGUGUUUGAUAACAAGAAUAUUUUCAACAGAAUUAUGUUUGAAAUCUACUUCUUUAGGUUUGAGCCUAGUUGGGACAUCUUCUAUUAAUUCCAACCAUUUUGGUCAACAAUUACAUAGGGAAGCAUUAACACAAUAUAUCUCUUAUGAGAAUGAAAAUAUGGCAAAACUUUUGGUUGGAUUAUUAGGAAUACAGCAUUCGGGUAAAUACUUAGGGGACACUGUCAAGAAAUUAAGAAAUCCAAUGUUUAAUGGAACCUUUUUGCUGAAGAAUUUAUGGCAAAAUAGAAAACAAGGAAAUGAUAACCCAAGUUUGAUAUUAGAGUUGAAAAAUUAUCUUCAUCCCACGUGUCAAGAAGCCGCUGAUGAAAUUGAAUAUUGUGUUCUUAGAUUGCAGUAUGCAACUGAAUCAUUUGUAGGUAGAUACGGAAUUGAUGCUUUAAACUGUCACAAUCAUUUGAGGAGAUUAUCUGAAUCUGCCAUGCACAUAUAUGCCAUGAUUUCAUGUUUGAGUAGAGCAUCCCGAUCCUAUUGCAUAGGCUUGGAAAAUAAUGAAUCAGAAAUAUUAUUAGCAAAUGUAGUUUGUCGAAACUCCUUCAAAUAUGUAAAGGCCAAUUUGAAUGAUGUGAUACAGGAAUGUCUUAUCAUGGAUGAUCCUCUGAAAGUUUUAUCAGAUAAUUUGUACAGCAAGAAAAAUUAUUAUUUUGCCCACCCAUUGUCAAGGAAUUUCUAAAUGUAUAUAAAUUGUGCACUCAAAAUCGAUCAUAAAAAAAAUAGGAUUCCUUAGUUAGAUACAUAAUGAAGAAUAGCAGAAAUUGUAUACAUAACUAAACCAUAAUAAUUUUGUCUGACUGUGUUCCUCUGGUGUGCUAUACUUUUUUGCAAAUAAACAUUUCUACUAUA